UGCAAGCGCAUCCCCCUUGCUCUUCUUCCACCUGCAUGCAGCCGUAUUGAAGUGAAGCUGGUUUGAACAGAGACGAGAGGGAGAUACGAAGCAGCGGUGAUUUCAAGCAUUAGGAUGGGUCUGAGAUUGCUUUUCUCGCUCGCAUGGAUUCUUGCCUUCAAAGCUGCUAAUAUUCAAGGUUUGAAUACCGACGAGGACCAUUCUCAAGAUUUGGAAUGCAAAAUGAAAAGCGUCACCGUGUCUGCGCUGCCGUUUUUGAGAGAAAACGACCUGAGCAUCAUGCAUAGUCCGUCGGCCUCCGAGCCCAAGCUUCUGUUCUCCGUCAGAAAUGAUUUUCCGGGGGAAAUAGUCGUCGUGGACGAUCUAGAAAACACCGAGCUACCCUUUUUCGUCCUAGAGAUCACAGGAAACUCUGAGGACAUUCCUCUGGUGCGAUGGCGGCAGCAGUGGAUGGAGAAUGGCACACUGCUCUUUCACAUCCACCACCAAGAUGGCAGCCAGAACCUCCCCGGCCUGUCAGCCACAGACUACCCUGCCAGCGACUCUGCCGAGGAAGAGUUACGCAUCCUUCACAUCUCUGUCAUGGGAGGCAUGAUCGCCUUGCUGCUGUCCAUUUUGUGCCUGGUCCUCAUCCUCUACACGCGCAGGCGAUGGUGCAAACGCCGCCGUGUGCCCCAGCCCCAGAAGAGCGCCAGCGCCGAGGCAGCCAAUGAGAUUCACUACAUCCCUUCGGUGCUGAUGGGAGGCCAGGCCAGGGAGAGCCUGAGAAACUCCAGGGGCCAGGGUCACAAUUCCAGUGGCACGCUCAGCAUCCGAGAGACACCCAUCCUGGACGGAUACGAGUAUGACAUCACUGACCUGAGACACCAUCUGCAGAGAGAGUGCAUGAACGGAGGAGAGGACUUUGCCAGCCAGGUUACACGCACCCUGGACUCCCUUCAGGGCUGCAAUGACAAGGCCAGCAUGGACCUCACACCUGGGGAGUGGAGUGACAAUACAAAGUUGUCCCUAAUGAACAAGUACAAGGACAACAUCAUAGCCACCAGCCCAAUUGACAGCAAUCACCUGCAGCAGAACACUCUCCUCCCCCACAACACCUCCACCAGUCAACGCAAACAACGUCUGUCCAGCAAAACCCGAGCAGGUUCCCCACGAAGCCCCAUCAAUAAGACCACCCUGACUUUGAUCAGCGUUGUCAGCUGUGUGAUCGGCCUGGUGUACUCCUCACACCUCUCCUGUGGCCUCAACGUCCGGGUCAUCCUCCAUGUGCCUGAGCACCUCAUCGCAGACGGGUCCAAGUUCAUUUUGCUGCAGGGCAGUCAACUGGAUGCGUCUGACUGGCUGAACCCGGCCCAGGUGUUGCUAUACUACCAGCAGAAUGCCAGCGGGCCUUGGAUCAAUGAGCUGUGUGGCCGCCGCAUUCUGGACCCCUGUGAACACCAGUGUGAUCCAGAGACAGGUGACUGUCUAUGCUUAGAUGGCUACAUGAAGGACCCUGUCCAUAAGCAUCUCUGUAUUCGUAACGAGUGGGGUCCAAAUCAAGGACCCUGGCCUUACACUAUUUUCCAGCGUGGUUUUGAUCUGGUGAUGGGAGAACAACCAUCUGAUCGCAUUUUCAGGUUCACAUACACAUUGGGGGAAGGGAUGUGGUUACCAUUGAGUAAAAGCUUUGUCAUUCCACCUGCUGAGCUGGCAAUCAACCCAUCAGCCAAGUGCAAGACUGAUAUGACUGUCAUGGAAGAUGCUGUGGAUGUGAGAGAAGAGCUGAUGAUCUCCUCAUCGUUUGACAGUCUGGAGGUUUUACUGGACUCGUUUGGCCCGGUGCGUGACUGCUCAAAGGACAACGGUGGUUGUAGCCGAAACUUCCGCUGCAUCUCUGACCGCAAGCUUGAUUCCAGUGGAUGUGUGUGCCCUCCGGGACUGAGCCCUAUGAAGGAUGGCACAGGCUGCUACGACCACCACAUUGGCAUCGAUUGCUCUGAUGGCUUCAACGGAGGCUGUGAACAACUGUGCCUCCAACAGCUCGCCCCCCUGGAGGAUGACCCCACCCUCUACAACAUACAGAUGUUCUGCGGCUGUAUUGAGGAUUACAAGAGAGGUCAAGAUGGUCGGUCCUGCCAGCCCUUGUCUGAAGCCUGUACUGAGGGACUAGACUGUGGGGAAACAGCUGACGUCCCAGCCAACCAAACCGUUUUCGGGGACCUCUUCUAUGGCUACAACAACCAUACCAAAGAAAUCAUCUCUGGUCAGAUCCUCAAAGCUACCUUCAGGCAGAAGAACUUUGCCCGAGGCAUCGAGCAGCAGCUCCCAGAUGGCAUGGUGGUGGCAUCAGUGCCAACCGACGUGCAGUGCCACGAAGAGCUGUCAGACCCAGUCCCUGAUCCAGACUAUCUCACAGGAAUGGUGAACUACAGUGAGGUCUCUGGGUACCCACUCAUCCAGCAUUGGAGGCUGAGGUCUGUCCUGUACCAUGUCAAACUGAACCAGUGGGUUCUCUCUCAAGCUUUCAGCUCUGCCAUCCACUCCCUGGAUGGUGCCACCCUCCGCCAUGAUUUUGUCUCCAUCCUCAGGGAGUUUGGUAAUCACUUUGUACAAGAGGCUGUGUAUGGCUUCGAGGAGGCCUGCACUAUCUGGUACCCCAACAAGCAGGUCCAGAGACAGCUGUGGCUGGAGUACCAGGACAUCAGCAAAGGGAAUUCCCCAUCAGAAGAGUCAGAGGAGCGCGACAAGGAGCCCCGGACCCUGACCUACCCAGCGUACAUCGCCAGCCUGCUGGACUCUGGUGCCAAGCGCAUGGCGGCGGGGGUUCGCAUGGACUGCAGCAGCCAGGGCCAGUGUCCGUACUCCUGCCACCUCUGCCACAUGAGCCCUGGGCCUGGGCGUCCAGCCGAGCCUGUCCUGCUCCAGAUCACUAAGGCCGCCCCGCUCUACGAGCUGGUCUCCAACAACCACACCUACCAGGCACUGCAGGAGGCCAUGAUGAGCAUGCUGUGGUGUUCUGGAAAAGGUGACGUAAUCGAUGACUGGUGCCGUUGUGACUCAAGUGCAUUCGGGACGGAUGGACUGCCAACAUGUGCCCCUCUCCCUCAGCCUAGGCUCAGGUUGUCCUACUCCUAUGAGCCCAGCAGUUCAUUGGUCAUCGUGGAAUGGAAUCACACUGAGCCACCAAUCGGGGUGCGGAUCGUGGAUUACCUCAUUAGCCAGGAGAAAGUGACAGAGAGGACAGACCACUCCAAAAUGGAGACAGAGACAAUGUUGAGCUUUGUGGAUGAUAUCCUGUCUGGGGCCAAGUCUCCGUGUGUGAUGCUUGGGGAUAUCCCUGACCUCCUGACCUCCUCCGUCAGCAUGAUCAUUCGCUGCCUGGAGCCAGACACCACUUACAUGUUUAGGCUCUGGGCAGUGGACAACACAGGCCGUCGCUCCAGCCCAAGUGAGGUCACCAUCAAGACCCCCUGCCCUGCUGUGGAUGAUGUCAAAGCACAAGAGAUUGCAGACAAGAUCUACAACCUGUUCAAUGGUUACACAAGUGGCAAGGAGCAGCAGACGGCCUACAAUACGCUGAUGGAUCUGGGCUCUCCCACCCUGCACCGUGUGCUCUACCACUACAACCAGCGUUAUGAGAGCUUCGGAGAGUUCACCUGGAGAUGCGAGGAUGAACUGGGGCCUAGGAAAGCUGGUCUGAUUCUCUCCCAGCUGGAUGACCUGAGUGGCUGGUGCAGGGGUCUUCUCCAGGAGCCCAAGAUUGGCCUGCGCAGGAUGUCCCUCAAGUACCUGUCCUGCCGCUACACAGACACCAAGGCCUUUGGUCUCAACUGGGUGGACCUGGGCCAGGAUGUGCGAAAGGCCUGCGACGAACAGAACCUGCCAGUCAUGUACAAUGAUUAUGGGGAGCCCAAAGAACAUUGAACGUCACACAACAAAUAAUGGUUCUUGAGGAGUUGGAAGUGUGCUUUUGGGGUUAUCGUCAUGUCUGCUUUUCAAAUAUUGUAUGUUCUAACCCAUAUUUACAGUUAUAGGAACCUGAUUUCAAGGUAGGGUGUAUUUGAGAAACAAAUAAGGGUUAUUUCAACAAUUACUAGAGCAAUGUAUAACAGUAAGGCUUUACUGCAUUUAGACAGCACUUUUCAUGACUUUUGGGAAAUUUGGAAGUUGCACCAACAAUCCCAUCUCCAAAAUGUAUAUAUUAUGAUGGCGAAGAUUCAGUUAUUUAACAUGUUGAAUGUAGUAUUCAAGUAUAAAUUCAUAUUUAAGCUGUUGUACAUGUAUGGAGAUAGGCAGUAUAUGAAUUUGUGGUAAAUUUCAGAAGUUUGGGAGUUCAUGUACAGUUUGACUUGGUUUUAGUCUCUAAGGGCUCUAUUGAAUCCGCAUUGAGGAAGUACAGCUUUACAGAGUGAUUGUAAUUUAAAGGCGUUGUUCCUGCUUUAGCGUAGACUGCAUUCAUGGUAAACGCUGCAUAUUGGAAAUGAUCUUUACAUUCUAUUGCGUAAUGCUUCAGCUUUACAGACUGAUAGAGCCUUAAAUGUUUAAAGUUGCCAAACCCAAAUGACAGUAUUUGCUACAUCAAUAAAUUCCUAAUUAUUCUGAAAUCAAAUGGCUAUCUUUGAAUCAGUAAUUCUAUUGCAAAAUGAAAGAUAACAGAAAAUCAAUGUUUUAUAUUGUUUAUCUGUAGUAUGUUUAUAGAUCUAAUCCUAUCAUACUGUAUGUGUCUUAAGAAUAUACAUGUGCAACAGGUGUUGUUGAUACUGUAAAAACACAAACUCAACUAACAUGCCAGUGUUUGAUACCUUUCUUUUAUUAUAAUAAUUGUUCAUACAUUUACUACAAUAGCAUUUCAAAGGCAGCACACACUUGCAAUUAAUAUCAACCAAAUACUGACUGUUUUCUUGAAUACGUUUUUUGGGGCUCCUAACACAUUCCUUAAUGCAGUAGUUGUCCCCAUAACAUAGACUUGAAAACCAAUGCUUGUAGAUAUUUUCAUAGGUUCACCAAUGCAUUAAAUAACAGCACAGAACAGUGGUUUGCUUCUGUAAAUAUUGUAUUACACAUGAUUUGUAUUAUAACAUUGAUAACAGUGGACAUCAGCUGUAAGGAUAUAUUGCAUUAUGAGAAAGCCAUGUUUCUUUUUGUGCAAUUUGCACGAGAGGUGUGAGCAUUCAUUAUGUAUAGUUGUUAUAUGUAUAUUCAUUUUGGAGAGGUUUGUUUAUUCAAUACAGUGAAGUGGAUUAGAAAAAUGGACAGAUUAAAAUGCUUAACAAAAUUAAUUAUCAGAAGUGAUUCAGAAUUGUUACCAUACACAACAUAAGCUGAUGAAAACAACAAACAUCUGCAUGUUAGAUAUAGUAGUUUAUGUGGAUAAUCUAAUGUUCCCUUUUUCACUUUGAUCUUUGCUAUUUCAAAAAAUAAUAAAGAAUAUAUUAUCAAAUGUGGAUUGUUGGACAUUCUGGAAAAAAAGUUACCUUAUCAGUCACCACUUCUAGGCCUUGUUCCUUUUUAGUCAGUUAACUCAAGUCAAUGUAAAACUGAUGGGAAUGUUUCUUAUGGAUUGUAGAGCCUCACACAUGAUGGUAUAAACAAAAUUACAAUGCCUAAAGACAUGUAAAUGCAACAUGUAAAGUGUUGUUGGUCCCAUGUUUCAUGAGCUGAAAUAAAAGAUCCCAGAAAUGAUC